AUGGGUCUCAUCACCGGUCUUGUCUCAACAGUCGUCCACGUCGCCGCCGGCAGGAACCCCUACGGCCACAACCACAACCAGCAGCCCGUCGUCACGACCGCCGGCUACGCACCUGCCGGCCCCUCCGGCUGCAACCACGCCGGGCCCGGCGGCCAGCCCUGCGGCAUCUGCUCCGUGGCCCUGCCCUUCGGUAAGGGGCGCCAGCAGAAGAGGGAGCGCCGCGCGCAGAGACACGCCGCCAAGGCGCAGCGCUUCUCGGGCGGACGGUACCCCGCGUACGUCCCCGGCGGGAUGCAGUACCAGUACCAGCAGCAGUACGUCGGCGGACCGGAGGUGUACCGCGGCGGCAGUAUGAGGCAGGAGGAGGGUGUUUGGGAGGAGAGGAGGAGAGCUUCGACUGGUGCCGACGACGCGCCGCCGGCCUAUGAGGAGGGGGAGUCGUCGAGGGUGAUGGCUAGGAGGAGCGUGGAGGUUCUUGGGGAUGGUGAUGAGAAGCAUGAGUUGGAGUAG